GUGCGUGAUUUGUCUCAGCUCUGAGCGCGAGCCAAUCAUCUGGCCAGAUUCCCCUCUGAUCACGCGCUGUAUUUACAAUUCCAAACAGCUGCUUUAAAAAAUAACUUGGAGCGAACGUAACGGUCGCCAUGGGGCAACACGGCGCCAAGACUCUCCAGUUCCUUAGCAGUUGUAAGGUGAGGAGGAAGCAAGCUGAACAUUUGCGCUAGACAAACAACUGAACUACAAGACAGAAAAGAGUUUGAGGUGCUGAAAAGAUGCUGAGACGGACUCUAUCUCGUAUUUCUGGGGAGAGGGAUGAGAGGAGCGUGGAUCAACCGGAGGCGACAGAGAUUUAUGGCUCAACUGUUCACAACUUCUGCUUUAAGCCAUCUGGAAUGACUCGCUUUUUACAAGUCGCGUGAAUAACUUUUAACAAACCAACCCUCAGAAAACAAGUUGGUCCGUGAUGCCAGACAAUAUUGCUUUUCUGACGAACAGCACAGAUUUGGGGCACGUCGGUCGCGCGUUGGGUUCGAGCGCGCGCCCCGCCUGGGCAAUAGCGGUGCUGGCCAGCGUGCUGAUCUUCACCACUGUGGUGGAUGUUUUGGGUAACCUGUUAGUCAUAAUUUCGGUGUUCAGGAAUCGGAAACUGAGAAAUGCUGGCAAUGUGUUUGUUGUCAGUUUGGCCUUCGCUGACCUGGUGGUGGCUUUCUAUCCCUACCCGCUGGUCUUGUACGCAAUCUUCCAUGACGGCUGGUCUCUGGGGGAAACCCAGUGUAAAGUCAGCGGAUUCCUAAUGGGCCUGAGUGUGAUCGGCUCGGUUUUCAACAUCACUGGCAUCGCCAUCAACCGUUACUGCUACAUCUGUCACAGUUUUGCCUACGGACGUCUCUACAGCUUCCGUAACACGCUGCUGUUAGUGGCCCUGAUCUGGGCACUCACUGUGCUCGCCAUUCUUCCCAACUUCUUUGUGGGUUCGCUGAGUUAUGACCCUCGUGUUUACUCCUGCACCUUCACUCAGACUGCCAGCAGCUCAUACACUGUGAUGGUGGUGGUGGUUCACUUCCUGGUGCCCAUUGCGGUGGUGACCUUCUGCUACCUGAGGAUUUGGGUUCUGGUGAUACAGGUGAGGAGGAAGGUGAAGAGCGAGGAACGCUCAAGGGUGAGACCCAGCGACCUGCGCAACUUUGUCACCAUGUUCGUGGUGUUCGUUUUAUUUGCAAUCUGCUGGGCUCCACUCAAUCUAAUCGGUCUCGUGGUGGCCAUCGAUCCAGAGGUCAUGGCUCCACGUAUUCCAGAGUGGCUCUUUGUGGUCAGUUACUUUAUGGCCUAUUUCAACAGUUGCCUCAAUGCCAUCAUUUACGGACUCCUCAAUCGGAACUUCCGAAAGGAGUAUGUGCGGAUCAUGACGUCGGUGUGGAUUCCUCGGAGGUUUGUGACUGAGACCUCCAGGGCUGCCACAGAUGGGGUGAGGAGCAAACCCUCACCAGCCAUCAAUAACAACGAGUGACUUUUAUUUUCAGCCAAUCACUGUUCAGAAGAAAACAUCAUGGAUGCAUGAAGCAAAAUUCUGUGCUUUGAACUGUGAUCACUUGACUUUUUUAAUGCUACAGAACCAUUAUGUACAACUCAGGGUGCUUGUUUUAUUUUCAACCUUGGCUUAUUGGAAAUUUGUGAGUGCCUAAAUUUCUGCAAAACCUGAAACAUGUUACUUUGGGUACAUUUCACAGAAUUUUUCAGGUGACACGUCUGCAAGCAGCGCUAUAACCAUUUCAUUUUUUUCUCCAUUGGAGAUGCAGGUUUAUUAAACAGUACGGCACCAUAAAAACGACAUUCCUGUGGGUACGAAAUAGUUGCAAAAUUAUAUUGCAUUGCUUGUAGCAUGUUUUACAGCAGUUUGAAAGCAAAAUAUUCUGUCUAGCAAGUUUAAUUUUCUCUGAAACAGAUGAACAUGAAUGAACUAAUGCUUUAUUACAUUGUUUGUAACACGGCAAUUUAGAAAUUAAAUGUCGGGUGAGUGGCGCAAAAAUGUGCUAUUGCAUUUGAAAUUAAUGUACCACCUACACUAAAACCUACUGAUAAUGUUAAGAAAAGCAACCAUGCCAUUAAAGAUUCAAAGUUUUGAGCUCUUUUGUGGAGGGUCAUGACAUCGCAAAUACAAUCCUGUUCCAGGUGAGCUAACGAGCAAGUCUACUAUGUCAAGAAAGCCAUUCAAAUGGAGAAAAUCAUGUGAUGCAAAUGUUAAAACAUAUAAGUUUACAAAUCAUGCAGUAUGAUAAAAGUGUUUUGAGGCCAUUGCAUAGUAUUGUGAAGGAACCAUGCAAAAACAAGCCUUUUAUUCAUCAAUAAUCUGCCCCAUAAUCAUAAUUUGUGUGAAAAGAAAGUUAUUGUUUUACUGUCUCCAGUGUUCAUUUCACCUAGAAACUGCAGUGAAUUGUAUUUUGUAUAGAUCCGUUUAUGCAGUAUGUAGAAAUGUAGGCAGUUACAUAUUUCCAGUGAGCCUUGGUUGUUUAUUUUUGAUGUUGUGAUCCAUUUCAGAACACUAUUAUUAUUAUUAAUAAGAAAUAUUUAACUCACCAUUUAUAUUGAAAAUUGAAUGAAGUAAAUUUUACUAAAUCCAUUUAUUUAUUGACUGUUUAUGAUCCAUGACUAUUUAUUGAAGACAUUUUGUACAAUUUUGUGGGUCUGUUGUAUAUAUGUUGUAUAAACAAGUAUGCAUUACAUAUUUGUCAUUUUCAAUUCAGAAAUUCUGCCUUAUACUUGAACAUUCACAUGAAAUAUGAAAAAAUCAAUAUAUUUAAUCCAGGUGCCAAAUGUUAAUGCUUUGACCGUAAGUAUCUGAUAUACCGAAUCAGUUUGGCAUAUCGAACCAAAUGAGAUUCUGAGAGCAUCCUAAUUUAAAUGUAACGUCAACAGGACUUUAAUGAGCGAAGAGCUUCCAGCAAGAUAAAGCACAAACUUUAAAAAAAGCACUUCAUGCGGAUUCUGCAGAGAAAUUUAGCUUUUUCAAAGUGAAAGGUGACAGCGUGCGGUCAGUCAGUAAUCAGUUUCAAUCUGUGUUCACCUCUUAUCUUUCAAACAUUAAAUGUCUUUCAUGACUUUGAAAUGUGCAUGACUCUGAAACCAUAUAUUUUCUUCAACAAAUGAUCUGCGAGUAAAAAGUAGCAGGAAUUCCGAUUAAGAUAAAUGUUACUGGCAAAAGGGGAAAGUAUUAACAAGACCUGGUUCGAAUGUGUUAUUGUUAUCUGUGCUUGUUUUCACUUGAUUUGACAAUGUGCUAUUGCUAUUUAAUCCUCCCACCAUAAUAAGACGUUCCAUGCGGCGUGAUUGUACUGUGUGAGAACAUGCUUCACCAUUGACCUGAAUAAAAGAAAAGAACCAAACUGAUGAAAGCCAAGUCUAUUGGUGAUUGUGCAAGCUCUCUCUGGUAUGAGUGGGCUGCAGAGGGAUUACAUGGAGAGAUUGGGAUGAGCUUGCUCCUUAUGGCCACAUCUGCACAGGGAAUUAUGGGGGAUGUGUGGCUAGUGUCCCAGCAGAUGGUGGACUGAGGUGGUUGAUAACAUAAACACUUGGCCAAGUUGAGAACAAUCUUGUCGUCAAUUUGCCGAAUGCAUUAUACAGAAGGGUUGCAGGGAGGGAGUCUGGUUGAAAACCACAGCAGAAAUGUAAUGGGAGUUGUAACCACUUUGGGAAUAUAGAAUAUUAUUUGUGAGGAAAAUAAAUAUGCCAUGGUCAAUUUCAGGCUACUUUGCAACAAGCUACUUGCUAUUUAAUGUAGUGGGUUCGCUCACAGUCAAGUUAGUUACACUGCUCUCUACUGACAUAUACUGUAUAGUGGAGGCUAACUAAUUUGAAAGUUACUUAAGGGGGCAAUAUCUAUUUAAAUUCAUAAUAACCUAAUUAUAUAACUUAAUUCAGAGACAUAUUUUAAGGCACUAAAACAAAUAGGGUUGUUAAAUGAAUAACCAAUCUUAAUUAGAGUGACAGCAUCA